CAUGGCAUCUCACACAGCAGACGAGUCGCUCAAGCAUGGAGCCCAGCAGAUCGAAGAGGUGUUUGGCGCCCAUGCCAUCGUCGAUGCUAAGCAUGCUUCCGAUGCUGAGCACAAUACACCGCUCAUGCAAGUCAUCAAGAAGAACUGGAAGGCAAUUGCCUGGUCAAUGGUCAUGUCAAUGACUGUCGUCAUGGAAGGCUACGAUACUAUUCUGAUGUCAAGUUUCUUCGCCUAUCCAUCUUUCGCCAAGAAGUUCGGUGCAUAUAAUGCGGCGACCAGCGAUUACCAACUUUCUGGUGCCUGGCAAACUGCUCUCAACAACGCUAGUAAUGUCGGUAUUGUCCCUGGUAUCUUCUUGAACGGAUGGCUUGCUGCAAAGUAUGGCUACCGUAAAGUCAUCAUUGUUGCUCUUUUUUUCCUGAACGCCUUCAUCUUCAUUACAUUCUUCGCACCCAACAAGCCAGUCCUUGUCGUUGGUCAGAUUCUGUGUGGUUUCAGUUGGGGUGUUUUUGCGACAAUCGGGCCAGCUUAUGCUUCUGAGAUUGUACCUCUGCAACUUAGAGGUUAUUUGACAUCAUAUNGGGCCAUUGGACAAUUCAUCGCUGCUGGUGUUCUCAAAGGUCUUGUCGCCAGAACAGAUCAAUGGUCUUACCGCAUUCCAUUCGCCGUCCAAUGGGCAUGGCCCGUACCCCUCAUGAUUGCCUGUUUCUAUGCGCCAGAGUCGCCUUGGUAUAUGGUUCGCAACAACCGACUCGACGAGGCCCAGCAUAUCCUCAAGCGUAUCUCGACCAACACCAGCGAAGACGAAAUCAAAGGAACACUAGCAAUGAUGGUCCACACCACUGAAAUCGAAACUCAACUCGACAACGAAGCAUCACAAACUUCUUACUUCCAAUGUUUCAAAGGUACUGAUCGUCGCCGAACUGAGAUUUGCUGUAUGACAUUUAUGGGCCAGCUGUUUUCUGGCUCUUGCUUUGCAUAUACACCAACCUACUUUNUCCAACAAGCGGGUAUCCAAGAUACUGUUUCCUACAGCAUUGGUCUCGGCGGCACAGCAGUCGCCUUCUGCGGCACCAUCGCCUCCUGGUUUAUUCUCGCACACGUGGGCAGAAGAAAGAUCUACACCACCGGAAUGGGUGUUUUGUGCACUCUCCUCUUGAUCAUCGGUAUAGUUUCCACAGCAAGCAAAUCCGACGAUGUGAAAUGGGUCGCCGGUGCUUUGACUGUAGUGUGGCUAUUCACAUACUCGCUUUCCGUGGGUCCUGUGGCCUACACCAUCGUCAGUGAAACCUCUGCCAUCCGCGUUCGCGCAAAAACAGUCUGUCUAGCCCGAAACGCCUACGCUUUGAUGAAUAUCGUGUGUUCAACUCUCGAAUCCUACUUCAUGAACCCCACCGAAUGGAAUCUCAAAGGCCAAACCGCAUUCUUUUGGUUCGCAACUUCUUUCCUCACUUUCGUGUGGGCGUAUUUCCGUCUUCCUGAAGCCAAAGACCGCACCUACGAGGAAAUGGAUUUGUUGUUCACGAAAGGAGUUUCUGCGAGACAAUUCUCAAAGUACAAGAUUGAUGCGUAUGCGGGUGCUGCUGUGGAUAGUAAGGCGGAGAUUCUUUAUGAGGAAAAGGUUGUGGGCGAUAUUAAG